AUGGCACCAAAAUCAGCUAAAAAAAGUCUUUGGGUAGAUUGUGAGCGCUGUAAAUGUACUAUAACUUCAAACGACAAAAACGCGCAUAUCGAGUUAAACUGUAAGAAAGAUCAAAUAAAAUGUCCCUAUGUGGAGGAUGGGAAAUUGUAUACUUGGUUGGAAAGGUCAAUGGGGAAUCCUGAGGGUACUCCUAAAGAUGCCGUGAUGAUACACCCAUCAACAGCUACAUUGAUAGGUGCAGUGAUUGGGUGCCCAAUUCUACUAAGUCGAAAAGGCGCUCCUACAAUUGUAAAACGCAUGUGGCCGUCGAAGUAUGCUGCUCCGGUAGCCGUCGUAUUACCAGCAGCAGAAUUGUCAAAUGCUUGGAGUAAUGACAACAAGAUGGUGACAGUCUCUGUCUUUCAAGAAGAGAUACCCGUUGCAACUCGGAUUACAAUUAAAAUCAACAAUUGUAAAAUUGACCAUGAUAUUUGUGAUAUUUUGCAAAACACUUUUUACACUAAUUUUGUUUGUAUCGGUUGUAUUUUAGUUUAUUAUUACUUUGGUAAGAAAUUAGAACUAGAGGUGAUGGAUCUUAGAUCAGAUUCAAUAGAUGAUAAGGAGUGGUAUCUUUUAAGUGAAAAAACAGCUUGGAUUAGGCAAACAGAAGAAACACCAGUUCUGAAGAAAGUGCAACCUCUCGGGGGGUAUGAUAACAUUUUGGAAGAAAUAACAACAUACAUAAAUAUGAUAUUUGAUGAUGGAAAAAUGUCCACUAGCUUUCAGCGUACUCGGGGGCUUCUGCUUCACGGACACUCUGGAAUCGGGAAGACAGCUAUAUGUAAAUAUAUCAUAGAGAGUUUUAAUUGUUAUCAUAUUGAAGUUAGCGGCUCAGCAAUUUUCAGCAAAUAUUUUGGCGAAACUGAAAGCACUACCACAUCUUUAUUUGAGAAAGCUGUUCAAAAUCAACCCAGCAUUAUAUUUGUUGAUGAAAUAGAUACUAUAUGUCCUAAACAAUCAACUAACAGUACAGAACAGGAGAGACGAGUUACUUCAGCUUUCGUAUCUGCCCUGGAUGGAUUACAUGAUGAUGAUUGCAAAGUUUUCGUUCUUGCCACAACACGGAAGCCAGAUAGUGUUCAUCCCAUGUUGCGGAGAUUCGGCAGACUUGACCAAGAAAUAGAAGUUCCAAUACCAGAUAGAAAUAGAAGGAGGGAAAUCUUGUACAGUCAGCUCAGGAAUCUUCCAAAUAAAGUGUCCAGCAAGCUGGAUAGUAUUGCAGAUUUGGCACAUGGGUAUGUGGCUGCUGAUUUAAUGAACCUUUGCUCUCAGGCGACCAUGAGGUGUAUAAAACGUUCCAGUGAGUACAUUGAGCAAGAAGAUUUGAUGGCUGCUCUGACAGUGGUUCGGCCAAGUGCAAUGAGAGAGUUGCUCAUAGAAGUACCUAACGUCAGGUGGACAGAUAUCGGCGGACAAAGUGAUUUAAAGAUGAAGCUGCGUCAAGCAGUCGAGUGGCCUCUAAAACAUGCCGACAGCUUCCGACGACUUGGAGUGAAACCUCCUAGUGGAGUGUUGCUGUAUGGGCCACCAGGAUGCUCCAAGACAAUGAUAGCUAAAGCAUUAGCUACUGAAAGUGGCUUGAACUUCUUGUUAAUAAAAGGUCCUGAAUUAUUUUCGAAGUGGAUCGGUGAUUCUGAGCGCGCUGUUCGAGAUUUAUUCACUAAAGCUCGUCAAGUCGCGCCUUCCAUUGUCUUCUUUGAUGAGAUGGAUGCCAUUGGAACAGAGAGAGGAGGGGCUAGUGGUGACAGUGGUGUUCAUCAGCGAGUUUUGGCUCAACUUUUAACAGAAUUAGACGGUGUUGUUCCCUUGAAUUCUGUAACUAUUUUAGCGGCUACCAACCGACCCGACAUGAUGGAUAGAGCUUUGCUGAGACCUGGUCGACUGGACAGACUCAUUUAUGUUCCGUUACCCGAUUAUGAGACUAGGUUGCAGAUAAUAGAGUUGAAAUUGGCAAAAAUGAGUACAAGUCAUAUUAAUACUGACAAUCUUGCGGCGAGGACUGAAGGAUUUUCCGGAGCGGAGCUGGAAGCUCUUUGCAAAGAAGCCGCUUUGAAAGCUCUGGAAAUUGAUUUGAAUUGUAAACAUGUCACUAUGGAACACUUUGAAUUAGUUAUAAAGGAUUAUAAACCAAGAACUCCUGAGUACCUGCUAAAAAUCUAUGAAGAGUUUGCUUUGGGACAGAGAGCUUAA